CUCUUAACAGCCCAUAAUUCAUCUUGCCCAUGAGUCAUAUAUCAAAUGCGAUGAAUGGACACUCAGGAGUCAGCAGUAGCCUGAUAGAUGCUCUCAAGUGGCAAGAACUGAUAUAGUAGACUGUGAGAUACUGUCAAAAUGUCAGUAAGAAGAGCAGACGUCACCAAGUCCGGAAAUUCCGGACAUUUGCCGUAUCAGCAAACCGGGAUUUGUUCAUCUCUCUCUCUCUCUCUCUUUCAUCAACUCAUCACCACUAUGGCUCCGCAUAUACCAUUCAAAGAGGCAGAAGCUUCUCGGCCGCCUUUCGACCGAAAGGCUGAGCUUCACUACACUCAGACGCCAGACCCGAACUGGAAACUAGGGCAAGGUGUUAAUGAUCUCCCCGGUGCAGACAAGUUUAAAUCUCAGGAGGGAUGGAGAGCUAUCGAUCCGGAACAAAUGGAAGGACCCGCCAUGUACAAGAUGAUGAUCUCUGCGAUUGUCCCUCGACCGAUCGCUUUGGUAUCGAGCAUGGAUGACAAGGGUGUCGGCAACCUCGCUCCGUUCUCCUACUUCAACAUGGUCUCUUCGAGUCCCCCCGUUAUUAUGAUCUCUGUCGCUGCGAACCCCCAGACUACAGAUGGAUUGAAGGAUACUGCAAGCAACAUCAAACACUUGAAAGAAUUUUGCGUCAGCAUCAUCUCGGAGCCAUUUGUCGAAGCUGCAAACAUGACCAGUGCCGCUGCUCCACGGGAGGUCGAAGAAUGGGAGGUUUCAGGUCUUACCAAGCGAGACUCAAAGAUGGUCAAGCCUCCACAUGUGGGCGAAUCUGCAUUCUCCAUGGAAUGCCGGUUGGAACACUGGUACGAUGUCAAGAAGGACGAUGGGAAGAUCGCUUCGACGGUCAUUCUGGGCCGAGUCCUACAAUUCCAUGGAAAAGAAUUCGUCUUUGACCCGAAUGAUCCGGAUCGGAUCAUGGCAGAGGAGCUGCGUGCAGUUUCGCGACUUGGCGGUAUAAGCUAUGGCCGGACAUUACAGAUGACAGAGUUGCCGAGAGCGACGAACUGGGACGACGUCAAGGCGGAGAUGAAGAAUGCGUGAAAUGACGUAAGACAUGGCUAGACACAGACCGGCAAUACACAAGCGCAUGUCCUGUCAUCUUCCUAUGCAUCCCACCAAGACUUGGAUU